CUUGUAGGAUCUGACUCCCUCCCUCUCGUUGGCUGACCUGCAUUCACUGCGCAGCUGCUGCUGUCAAUCAUCUCAAAGAGACACAGAGACCAAUGCAGGAAAGCUGAAGAGCUCGCGUGAAUUUGUACUCAUAAGGACCUUAAGCUUUCAGACACAUAAAAAUGGACCAGGAUGAAAACAAUGAGGAAGUCGCUGCAGAUGCUGAGCUGGCAGCAGCGAUUAUGAGGCGACACUUUCGUCCGUCGCUGAUCAAAACCGAAGCGUGGGAAGGAUAUGAGUUUGCAGACAUGGAGAUCAAAAUCACAGAGUCGACGGACUGUUACGGGGCUGUUCUGUGGCCCUCAGCCAUGGUGUUGUGUCAUUUCCUCGACACUCACCGUGACGAAUAUAAUCUGAUGGACAAGAACAUCAUUGAGCUGGGUGCUGGGACGGGUCUUGUUACCAUAGUAACCAGCCUCCUUGGUGCAAAGGUGACGUCAACAGACUUGCCGGAUGUCCUGAGUAACCUGAGACACAAUGUGAACCGCAACACCCGAGGCCGCUGCAGGCACGCGCCGCGCAUAACCGAGCUCAGCUGGGGGAAACAGCUGGAGGAAAGAUUCCCGCGCACAACCUGUCACUACGAUUACAUCAUCGCCGCAGAUGUGGUGUACGCGCAUCCCUACCUGCACGAGCUCAUGGAGACCUUCAUGCAUUUGAGCUCAGACGACACCGUCAUCCUGUGGGCCAUGCGGUUCCGUCUGGACCCGGAGAACAGCUUCGUGGACACAUUUGAGAAACACUUUCAUCUGGAGGAACUUUAUGACUUGCCCAGCCUGCGCAUAAAGCUGUACCGCGCGCGCAAACGGACCAGCGGCUCUCAAUUAUUUUGAAGCGCCUCUGAUAUACUAACAGAACUAUUAUUUUAAAAUAUAUUAUUAACAGAAAUUUGAUGGAGCAAUAUAGCUAAAUUAAUUAACCACAAUUACUUUUGUUAUGCAGAAGUUUCAGGAGCUGCUACAAUAGUUACAGAAGGGAAAAAUAAUUCCUUGUUCUUGAUCUUUGUUUUAUUUUAUUUUUGUUUUAGUUUUAAAGUUAGAUCAUUACAAUUAAUAUUAAUUAUAUAUAAAUAAUAUAUAAAUUAUUUGUAUAUAAUUAAUGUGAAUAUUUAUAUUAAUAAUUAUUAAAAAAGCACAUACUUUUAAAUUAAAUGUAAUAUAAAUUGUAUAUGGUUAUAUUAAUUAUUAUAUUAUAUAUAGUUUAAAAUAAUCCUGUGGCCAUUGGCAUAGACUGUAUCUGAUAUUUU